UGUCGCCUCAGACCCCGCGACAGAUGGCGCGUGUGGGACUUUCAUAUGAAGCACGCAAAGGACAUAGAGCUGAGAUUUUUCAUGCUGAGACCGAAAGAGCUGAGGGUACUCACAGCGCUCGUGCGGCGGAAUGACGUCUCAUCGUAUCGAGAUUCUGUACGACGUAUCCGCCGUGUUCAGCAGUGGCGGGUGUCACCGUAAGCUGCGCUCUCAUCCACCCAGCCACCUGCAUCCAUCCAUCCCGUCUGUCUGCCUGCCUGUCUGUCUGUCUGUCCUUGUGUGUGUAGGCUGUGAACGAAUGCCUCGCAGGGGCCUCAGUGUUCGCGCUUAUAAUGGUCGCCAUCAUCUGCAUCAUCUUCUUCGUUCUCACUGCAGAGGAGAGCGUGGCCGACAUGACAGACGCGGAGAAGACUCGACACUAUUGGACGCUUGUCCUAUUCCUCCUUACGGUGGUUGCAUCCGCGGCCGGGGCUCUUGGCGUCUGGUGCACCACGUGCAAAGACCGAUGCUGCCCUGAUAAUGGUGAUGGUGAUGAUGAUGAUGAUGGCGCUAGUGACGAGGAGAUGCGAUCUCUCAUGGGUAACGGGUCGCCACCCCCAAGCGAGCCAGCCGCACAGGUCCCUCCCCACGUGGGCACAACAUUUCACUUCCCUCAACCUGCCCCCUCCGCUGCGGGAGGUCAGCGUGCGUGUGAACUGGUUGUGUGAAUGGACGCACGUGCAUUUUCAUGUUUUCAGGCGUCUUCUCAGGCAAUGGACCUUGAGUGGCUAUUCCCUGCCUGACAUUCUGCUCGUAUGGUACACACAGUGCACUCAGACUAUGGAGAGAAGCGCACACAGGAAACGUACACACGUGUGUGUGCGUACAUGUGCGUCUGUCUUAGGUCGCAUGUGAGUGAGUAUAUAUGACCUUCCGAUCGGAAUCGAAGGGUAAGCCACUGUACGCAGAAUAGACACGUACAUAAGUGUUUGUGUGUUGGUCGAUGCAGGUUUUGUGUCUGUAUGUAUACACACCGUACAUGUACAUAAUUAUGCGUGCGCGUACAAAGGCAGUCUGACUAGCCAUCCGAACAUACGUGCGCCAUUGGAUGGAUGGAUGGAUGCAGAAGGGAACGUGUGUGUGUGUGUGAGGAAAUGGAUCGCAUCGACAACACAGAACGGCAGGCUGACAAAUGAAACCACUUGCAGCACAC